AUGGGUUGGGAGGGCGCGAGAUGGCCUAAAAUGACAGAACUCGGCACAGGCGGCAUCGGGCCAGGCGAGACAAGAGCAUAUUUGAUGUGGCAGCAACCGCACCCCCUAUAUUUGGCGAAGCUGGCUUAUCAAGCAUCGCCGACUCGCGAGACACUCGAGCGAUGGGAUCGUGUUCUCACAGCUACGGCUGAUUACAUGGCUUCUUUCGCUUGGAAGAACGAGAGCUCGGGAUACUAUGACCUCGGACCACCAUCGAAGGGUGUUACGGAGAACUCGUUUCCCCUGGAGACCCGAAAUCUUGCAUAUGAAGCUAUGCGCAUCGUUCGGGGCCAAGUCCUUCACCACCGCCGUACUUCCCUGGUGCUGCCAGUUUUCUUUAUGCAGGUUAGUGGUCUCUAA